UGAUUUAUGGGAUCAAGAUGAAGAAAUCAGGUUCUUUGUGAAUCUGUUCUGUGCAGCAGCAGAGAGAGAACAGCGGACAGGAGAGAAGAUACUGGAGCUGUUAUCAUCAGUGUGCCGACAUCAAAAUUUCCCCUAUGAUAACACGAACUUGACUGAUUAUGGAAAGAAAUGUCAGUGUGAUCUCCUGCUGGAUCUGUACUCCCAUGUGAAGGGCUAUGAGUCUAAAACAGGCUUGAGUGUCCUUCCAUCAUUACAGUCAGUUUUUUCAGCUCCUGUAGUCUGGUCCAUAAACCUCUCAGAGAGAAAGACCUCCAUCCUCCUGGAAGUGCUGAAACUCCAACCAGAGAAGAAACAAGUGAAGCUGACAGGCUGCUCACAUGAAGAAAGUGAAGUGAGGAGUUUCCUGCAGUGUCUGCCUUAUAUCUCACAGCUCAGUGUUGAUCCUCAGAAGUCAUAUCUUCAUGAAGCAGUCAGGUUCUUUGUGAAUCUGUUCUGUGCAGCAGCAGAGAGAGAACAGCAGACAGGAGAGAAGAUACUGGAGCUGUUAUCAUCAGUGUGCAGAUACAAAAACAGUCCUCUCAAAGAGAAAUGGUGUGAUUUCCUGAUGGACCUGUACGCUUAUGAGACUAAAACAGGCUUGAGUGUCCUUCCAUCAUUACAGUCAGUUUUCCAGUCAGCUCCUGUAGUCUGGUCCAUAAACCUCUCAGAGAGAAAGACCUCCAUCCUCCUGGAAGUGCUGAAACUCCAACCAGAGAAGAUACAAGUGAAGCUGACAGGCUGCUCACAUGAAGAGAGUGAAGUGAGGAGUUUCCUGCAGUGUCUGCCUUAUAUCUCACAGCUCAGCUGUGAUCCAGACUUCUUCCAGAGAGUGUGUACAUCGUGUACAUCGAUGUCUGUAAGAUCCAGAGAGGAGGCCCAGCAGCUGGAGUCUCUGCUGCAGCUCCUGGGGUUCCAGCUGCUGUUAACAGGAGAGUUACACAGGAAAAGCUGCUGGUCUGUGGGGAGAGUUCUCAAACUGUGUGGCUCUAAAGUGGAUCUCAUCCUCACACCCAGCAAGAUGUCUGCCAGAGGAGCCGCUCUCCUCUUUAGACACACAACACAACUACACAGUCUGAGGCUUUCCAUCGACAUGUCCUUGCUCCUGUUUCAGUGGGUAAGAAGAGGCAGAGUGGUCUGUCCACUGGCUGUUGAAGAGCUUUCUCUUGUGCCUAAGAAAGCCCGACCAUCACAGAGAGUAAUGUUGAGGGCUGUCAGUAGUUUGGCUUCCCUGCUGAGAUACUGGACAGUCGGACGGUUAGACCUGACUGAGACCUGCAUCCCUGCUCAGGGUCUCAUUACACUGCUGCUCCAUGAUGCUCCUCUAACAGUCAAACUGAGUGAAGAGAGCUUCCAGCAGCUUCUGUGUCUCCUCCAUGAAAUCCAGGACAAGGACUUGACGUUGUCCUUCUUGAGUAAGGUUGGUGGAGACCUGACCUCCUGCUGUCUGAACUGGGAGCUUCUUCACUAUCUGCUGCAGCAGUCGUCAGCUCAGACCAUCACUGUGGACCUGAGGAAGAACCUCUUCUUACAGGAGGAAACCACACGUCUGCUUCCCUUUCUGGACAGGAUUGUGUUUAAAAGGCCCAGUCCCAGCUUUGUGAUGAGCUCCAUCAGAGAGCUCUACAGAGCUCAUGACAGUCACGCUGUACCCAGUUUACUGAGGUCAUUUGGUCAUGUGAUCAACCUGAGCUGCAGAGAGCUGGACUCAGUGGACUGUGCUGCUCUGAUCUUCAUCCUCAAACACGGAGACGGAGUCAAACUGAACCUCCUGUGGACCUCCAUACCAGCAGAGGGAGUAGAGUCCAUCCUCUUCAUGCUGGACAAAGUUUCUCAUCUCAGUGUUGACAGGAAUCAGCUGCUGAGGUUCAUCCACUGCUGUGCUGCCUGUGACGUCCAGCAGGAGGCAGCGUCAGGCCUGCUGAGGACUCUGCAGCACAGCUUGGAUCUGUCCUGCUCCUCCUGUGUGGAGCUACCAGAGGAGGAUCAGCCUGAGCCUCUGAGUCUGACUGCUGAUGACUGCAGGGCCGUCUCCACCAUCCUGACACACAGCAGCCGGGACACACAGCUCGACCUGCGAGACUGUGAGGUGGAGGACAGCGUGCUGGACCUGCUGUUUCCUGUCCUCCACAGGGUCCGCCUCAGAGUCAGUAAAACUGUCCUCCUCCAGCUGCUGUCUCUGGUUCCUGUGAACAGUGAGAGGGACACAGUGAGGCGGGCGGUGUCCCUGUGUAGAGCCCUGGGUGGAGAGCUGGAUCUCAGUCACAGCACACUGGAUCAGAGGGCCUGUGGGGCUUUGGUCCAGAUGCUGGACUCGUGUGAAGGGCUGACAGAGCUGGACCUCAGUCACUGUCAGCUCACUGACCAGCUGCUGCUCCCUCUCAUCACACAUCUGCACAAAGUCCAAGUCCUGGAUCUGAGUCACAAUCAGAUCACUGAUGCUUCGACUGAUGUGUUACUGCAGCUGCUCUCCAUCAACCCCUCCAUCGACUGUGUGCGACUCUACAGCAACAACAUCGUGCACAGAGCAGCCUUCAAGGAACACAAGCAGUUUGAGAUCUGGUGAAGCACUCAACAGCUGGGAUAGGCUCCUGCCCCCUCGCGACCCUGAAAAAGAAUACGCAGAAGCGAGUGGAUGGAUAGUGAAAAAACAAAGCAAGACUGUAAUCGUUACUUUAAAGUUGUGAGUCAACUUUGUUUACAUGUGGUACUUUUGCAAUAACUGUACUGAUUUUGGACUUCAUGUGUCAGUCUAAACAUAAAGAUUUUGUAAUGAUUUUCACAGUAGUCAUGUAAUAACAUUACAGUCAGGUGGCAUGACAAUAAAGAUACCAGUGAGUGUCAUUUCUUUAUUUUAAAUGAACUAAUGCAAGAAAUAAAGGUGUGGUGUAAAACAUGGUGCAUAUUUGGAUUUUAUGAAAUACAUGUGAAAAUCAAAUCAGUUUACAGACAUCAUUUUUAAUCAUGUAAAUGUACAAAAUGUGAUUUUGACUGAAAACAGUUUACAAACAUGUAAAACUUGAAGUCUGUGUUUCAAAAUAAAACUGCACUAAAUUUCA